AUGCCGGAGCUUUAUGAAAAAUCGUGCGCGGUCGCAAAUUGCGGAGAAGCGGUCAUCGACAGAUUGGCCGAGUGUGAAUGGUGCUGGAAGGUGUACUGUAAGAAGCAUGACAAGGUGGGCUUUCACUUAUGCAGACAAUGGCCUUAUGGUGCUCACAAUCUAGACGAGAAGCGGGCGAUCAAAGCUCAAGCUCGUAAAGCAUAUUACGGUGGCGUCAUAACUCAAAUAGCCAAACAUCAAAACUUCCUCGUCCAUGAAGCUGAAACCCUUCGUCCUGGUCAUUCCUGUCAGCUCACCAUCCCUCAAGAUCUUGAUGCUUUCGCGGAAUCUAGUAAGAUUGGAAUCUUCAACCUCCACUUUCUUAUCACCUUCAAUGACGGAGUGAAAUGGCUUCUUCGAGUACGUCAAGAUAAAGGUCAUCGACCACCUGCAGAAAUAGCUCGCACGGUCAUAGAAAGUGAAGUUGCGACUUUAGGUGUUUUGAAGGAAGGGGGUCUUCCCGUGGCAAAAGGGUACCUACCACUGUCUCUGGAAACCUCGGAGGGAGAAAAACAGAAAUUACCUUUCGACUAUUUCUUCUGCGAAUUUCUUGAAGGAACACCUUUCAAAGUGCCUCGUGCAGAUUGGUAUGGAAGCAUCGACCUUCAAGGUGAUAGACUAUUACACUUCAUCGAUGAAUACGCCAAAAUCCAAAUUCAGCUUUCUGAUCAUCCUCUUCCUUUCACCAGGAUCGGAUGUCUCUGUUACGAGCAUGUUGACAAUGGAGAUCGUCCAGUCAAGGUAGGACCAAUCGUUUGCCGAGGGACAUUCAUGAAGACACAAUCACCCUAUUUCUUUGGUCCAUUCUCUACCAACAAAGAACGCUAUCUUGCAAAUAUUGAUGCUACUCUCAACUACGAUCGACACUAUGCACCUAAAACACUUCGAACACUGGACAGAUACCUUUGGCACCUGGAGUUGAGAGAACUCGUUAAUGCUUGUAACGUGCUUGAGGAGGAGCCGAAAGAGGUAUAUAUCAAGCAUGAUGAUGAGAAGGGAGAUCAUUUCUUGGUGGAUGAAGAGGAGAAGGUUACCGGUAUCAUUGACUGGGAAUGGGCAUAUGUCACUACCAAAGCAGAAGCUUUCGCAAGUCCCUGGUUAUUCUACCGAGACCAAAACUAUCGUCUAGGAAGUAACGAGCUUACUUCAGAUGAAGAGCUCCUCAUAGAGGUCUACAAACGAUACGAUCGACCGGACUUAGCGGAUUGCGUGCGAAAUGGUAGAUUAUAUGCUCGACUUGAUCAGAUUGGGCAUUAUGAGCAAACUUUGCCGAAAUCGGGAUUCAGGGAAGUGUUUGGGAAGGAUAUUCUAGGAGUGUUUGAUCCUCCCAGAGCUGAUGUCGAUUGGAGGGUGUACAUGAUGAAGAGAUGCAAGAAUGAUAAAGGGUUAAUUGGCAUGAUGAAGAGAUGUAAAUGGCCCUUGGAGCGGGCUGAGAAAGAAGCGGAAACUUGGAAUGCAGAGCAAGGGAAGAAAAGGGCAGAUAUGAGGGAGCUCGAGAAAGCCAAGAACAGAAAGUCUAGGAAGGCAAAGCCAGAUCCCAAGGCAGAAUCACAAGCUACAGAAGAGCAAAGCCUUGAAGCCACCAAUUGGCAAGAUGGUAUUACCUUGGAGAAGUCAGUAUCUCAUUCGGUUUUGUAG